UUUACGACAUACAACCACUUUUCGGCGGAAGUGAAAAACAUGCAAUAUUUUUUAUAAAUUUUAUGUCUCGCAUAUUGUGCAUUUAAACCAUGUAAACUGCACCGAAUUUAGAAAUCAACUAGUGUGCAUAUAUCAACUUAAACAUGGGGAAGCCACGAAACAAAUUUGCAAGUAAUCACUCCCGUGAAGAGUUGAUGGUGAUGACUGUCACAGAGAUUAUACAACAGUUAAUACAAGCACAUGAGGCCAAGCAUGAUGUCAAUCUCAAUAAAAUAAAAAGCAAAGUGUCCAGUAAAUAUGGGUUGACGUCACAGCCAAGACUGGUAGAUAUCAUUGCAGGAGUACCUCAGCAAUAUAAAAAGAUAUUACUGCCCAAGCUUAAAGCCAAGCCUGUCAGAACUGCCAGUGGGAUUGCAGUUGUAGCAGUCAUGUGCAAACCUCAUAGAUGUCCACAUAUUGCCAUGACAGGAAACAUUUGUGUAUAUUGUCCUGGAGGCCCAGACUCUGACUUUGAAUACUCCACUCAGUCCUAUACUGGUUAUGAGCCUACCUCAAUGAGAGCUAUUAGAGCAAGGUACAACCCAUACCUACAGACCAGGCAUCGUGUUGAACAGUUGAAAUCUCUGGGGCACAGUGUUGAUAAAGUGGAGUUUAUAGUAAUGGGGGGUACCUUUAUGUCACUCGAUGAGAGCUACCGAGACUACUUUAUCCGCAAUCUCCAUGACGCAUUAUCAGGACAUACCAGCAACAAUGUAGAAGAAGCAGUCAAGUAUUCAGAGAAGAGCUGUAGUAAGUGUAUAGGGAUCACCAUAGAAACAAGACCUGACUAUUGUUUGAAGAAGCAUCUUAGUGAUAUGUUGAAGUAUGGUUGCACCAGGCUGGAGAUUGGUGUACAGAGUGUUUAUGAGGAUAUAGCCAGAGAUACAAACAGGGGUCAUACAGUAAAGGCAGUCACUGAAUCAUUCACUAUGUCCAAGGACGCAGGCUUCAAGUUUGUCUCCCACAUGAUGUCUGAUCUCCCUAAUGAUUUCCAUAUUUAUAUGUUCUUGCUUGUAGGGGUCAUACAGGGUCAUACAGUAAAGGCAGUCACUGAAUCAUUCACUAUGUCCAAGGACGCAGGCUUCAAGGUUGACUCCCACAUGAUGCCUGAUCUCCCUAAUGAUUCCCAUAUUUAUAUCUUCUUGCUUGUAGGGGUCAUACAGGGUCAUACAGUAAAGGCAGUCACUGAAUCAUUCACUAUGUCCAAGGACGCAGGCUUCAAGGUUGUCUCCCACAUGAUGCCUGAUCUCCCUAAUGAUUUCCAUAUUUAUAUGUUCUUGCUUGUAGGGGUCAUACAGGGUCAUACAGUAAAGGCAGUAACUGAAUCAUUCACAAUGUCCAAGGAUGCAGGCUUCAAGGUUGUCUCCCACAUGAUGCCUGAUCUUCCUAAUGUUGAUCUUGAAAGGGACAUAGAACAAUUCAUAGAAUUUUUUGAAAAUCCUGCAUUUCGUGCUGAUGGCUUAAAAAUCUACCCUACUCUGGUAAUAAGGGGAACAGGUUUAUAUGAAUUGUGGAAGACUGGCAGAUAUAAGAGCUACCCACCCAGUGUAUUGGUGGACCUGGUUGCCCGUAUACUGGCAUUAGUUCCCCCUUGGACUCGAAUUUACAGGGUACAGAGGGAUAUCCCCAUGCCUCUAGUAUCUUCUGGUGUAGAGUAUGGUAAUCUGCGGGAAUUGGCUUUGGCCAGGAUGAAAGAUCUGGGCACUCAAUGUAGAGAUGUAAGAACAAGAGAGGUCGGAAUACAGGAAAUACAUAACAAAGUGAAACCAUAUGAGGCCGAAUUGAUACGCAGAGACUAUGUGGCCAAUGGAGGUUGGGAGACUUUCCUAUCAUAUGAGGACCCUGAGCAAGACAUCCUGAUUGGUCUGCUGAGACUGAGAAAGUGUACUGGAGAGGUAUUCAGGCCAGAGCUGAAGGGAAGCUGCUCUGUUGUGAGGGAGUUGCAUGUUUAUGGUACUGCAGUACCUGUUCAUGCUAGAGAUCCAACUAAGUUCCAACAUCAGGGAUUUGGUACACUGUUGAUGGAAGAAGCAGCUAGAAUAGCACAGGAGGAGCAUGGCUCCAGGAAAAUUGCUGUUAUUUCAGGUGUUGGUACUAGGAAUUACUACAGUAAACUUGGUUAUGAACUUGAAGGCCCUUAUAUGACUAAACUACUUGUAGAGGAAUAGUGAGAGAUCAAUAUCAGAUGGACAAAACAAUGAACUGAUAGACUCUUACUGGAUAUGAUUAAAAUGGACUUUAAGUCUAAAAAUGUUUAAUGAUGCCAGACUAUGAGAUGAGGAGGGUACUUUAUCUGUGCCUUAUUAAAGCAUAUUUAACUUUAUGAAAUCUCCUAUGCAAGGUAUCACUUAUUUUACCUUUCUGUAUAGAUAAAAUGGUGUAGUGCAGUUUAAGCCUUGAAAUAUGCAUUGAAGAAAAUAUUCUGGAUUACCAUCCUUGUAUAUUAGCUAAUCUUCCCUCUCUACAUGUAGUCUCUACAUUUUACCUUUUGUCAAUACAUUUAAAAAUAUAUGUCAGGAAUCUGUCUUGGUUUGGGUUUAUAUUUAUAAUUUAUGUUUUUCCUUUGAACAAGAAAUCAUGAAAAUAUAAAUACAU